AUGGUCGAACACUGGAACAAGGGAGGUUGUGGAGUCUCCAUCCUUGGAGAUACUCAGAACUCAGCGAGGCAGUGCUUGGACUAUAUGAUCUCUAGAGGUCCCUUUCAAUAUUUUGCAACAAAGUUAGAUUUGACUUGUGACCACUAUUGCGGCAGUAGCUGCCUUACUACUUCUACUAGCUUUGGACUUCACAAGCAUCCUAACCACUGUGAUGAUUGCCAACGGGAAGUCCCUCUGGACACUCUACACUUGAAAGGUAAGUAUGGGCUAGAGCCAAUCCAUCUUUUUGUAUCAGAGGCACAUGCCCCAAAGUCUGAAGCAUUUCUUCCCAUCAAAAGCAUAUCCAUAUGUGAUACAGAAGAUGAAGAUGUUCUUACAUUUAUACAAAUUUUAGGAGGAACUCUUCUUGAGCUUCUGCCAAAUGAAGACAUUAGGAAACCUCUGAUACAUACUUUCAGAGAAGACCUUGGAGUUCUUCAGACAUUUCUUUUUGAGAAAGCAGAAAGGAAUAUCCCUUUCUCUUCUGAUAUUACCUGCUUUAAUGGGUCUGAAGACAAACCACUGAUUUAAAAGGUACUUUGCUUAAAUGCCUGGCAUGAUCUAACAAGUGGAGCUAUUUCCUUUUACAGGCUUCCCGGAGAUCACUUUUAUCUGCUGGAACCCUCUAAUGAAAUUUUCUUGACAAAACAUGUAACAAGAUGUAUAGAAAAUGCUGGUCUAUGAGUAUUUGUCUAUUUUAAUGGCAGAGGGUGUAAGAUAAGUCCACAGCACUUCAUAAGAAGUCGUUCUUUCUGUACAAUUGCAUGCAGUUAUGCCUAAGUUGUUCUGUUCCUCCUCUGUAAUUCUUUAAGAGGGGGAUUUUUUCUGAUUUUUUGAAAAGAAACAUUGGCUUUGGGUCUUAAAAAUAAAA